AUGGCACACCCUGCAACCGCUAUGGUGAACCUUCCCACCGGAGCACUAAUUCCCGCCGUUCCCCUUCCUCUUCCGGUCAACCCCAAUCCCGCUCUGAUGAACCCUCCCAUGCCGCAGCUGGGUCCUAACGGCCCACACUUCUUGCCGACGCGACCAUACCAGAUACCAAACCCUUACCACGACAGUGCAACUUGCGAUGAUGUGGUAGUAUGUGUUGUAUGUGGUGGUAUAUGCAGACCAACCACCCGCACCUCAAUCAACGUGAGCCGCCCUCGACUCACUCCUCACUGGACGCACCCGGUGCUGAUUAAGGCAAAACCUGGAUUCAUUGAAUGGUGUAAACAGCCGUGUACAGCACGAGCUUAUCGCCGCAAUGACAUCCAGCUCUUUGACAUCAUCAACGUUGAACAGUACGUUGGUGGAGCGGCGGGAUUUUACAGCCGAAUGAACGGCCGAAUGGAGAUCAACACUCAACACGACGAAAUGUAUCUCCCCAUCCACAUGCCCUGUCUUGAGCUAGCGCUCAAGUUCUGCCGCUACCAAUCUAGGUUCGAUAUCAAUUUUCGACAGGUCACUCACAUCCGGGACUCAGGAGAGCCGUCCAGCAUCGCUCAUCUGUAUGAGAUCUGGAUGAAGCGAGCAUGGAUGACGGAAUUGCCACGCGGCGGUCGCCUUACACGGCCCAUUAUGGAGCCUCACAAGUAUCUUGGAGCAAUUGUUUGUGAAGAUCUAAUGGAAUAUUCCGGCGCCCGACACAAUUUGGAGUUCAGCAGCACCAUCCAGCUCCAAGAAACGGACCCCUCUGUCGACCCGCUAUCGACGGCCCGUGCCGUCAUGAGAGCAGCAGUUACCAUUGACUUGAGCGAUAUGUACAGUGAGCGUCUGCUAGAGUUCAUUGAGCUCCGAGCGCGCCUUGCCACAUCGCCUGUGGAGGUUCGCUGGCUGGUUGAAGAAGCAAUGGAGCCUUUUGACAACCUCGGCCUAUUUGAAAUGAAUUGCACGCGCGUGUAUGAGCCAGAGUGGUGGAUGAACAAGCUCAUCAACGGAGAUUUGAUUCCGUGGCUACAUGAUCUCACUCUCGGUAACAUACAAGUAGUGUUAGACGAGCCAGAGGGCGCCCACUUGAAAGUAGACCACGUGGAUUGGGAAUUGCUCUGCCGACAAUUAGCUCGGCCUAAUCCCUUCGAUCUAAAAACUGGAAUCCUCCGAUGUCCUCGUCUUCAGAACCGUCACCGCAUCUGGCGCCUUCUCACCGGUGCUCGACUCGGACAUACAGUGUAUAAGAGCACCUAA